AUGAUUGGUAAUCUACUCGAGGUAUUGGACAGUUCGGCAUACUCAAAUGAGGUAUUCCAGGGAACACGAAUCAAUGCUCAUCGGCUCAUUCUCGCUGCAUGUUCCAGUUAUUUCAGGGACAUAUUCAACAAUGAAGUGGCUGAAAACCGCUUACAAGAAAUAGAAAUUGCCGACAUGGAGGCCUCGACGCUCGACGCCCUCGACGUAUGUGGCGAGGUCAUGAUGAGGUUGUUGAAACCAUCGAAUUGUUUGGGAAUUCGAGCGUUCGCCGAUACCUAUGCAUGCCAGGAGCUUCUUCGCUGCGCUGACAAGUAUAUCUCCCAUAAUUUCCAGGACGUUGUUGGUAGUGAGGAAUUUCUACAACUUUCUGUUGACCGCUUAAUUGAAGUGAUUUCAUGUGAAGAUCUGCAUGUACAGUCAGAGGAGCAGGUUUUCGCAGCAGUGCUUGAAUGGAUUAAAUUUGACCUGGCAGCUCGGAAACAGUUCCUCCCUAGGGUUUUGGAGCACGUACGGACUUUCGUUCUGUCAGCCAGAAUUCCUUGUCAACACGAUAGGCAAAGACGAAACUAUCUUCUUCUGCAACUGUUCACCCAUGAGCGACUGAAAGUGGAAGCACCUCGAAUUCGACCGCGAAUACCUUUCAAAUGUAAUGAGGUAUUAUAUGCCGUUGGAGGAGCAGUCAAUGGAGAGGCCCUCUCCUCCGUAGAAAAGCUUGAUCUUCGAAUAGCCAAUCCGAGUUGGGUACGCGUUGCUCCCAUGAGCAAGAAAAGGUCUUCAAUUGGUCUCACUUCUUAUUUCGAAAGGCUCUACGUUAUUGGCGGCUAUGAUGGGCAAACGUCUUUAAGUAGCAAUGAG